UCUAAGAGGUAAACAUCAGUGAAAUGUUGCAGAAUAUUUGUAAUUAUUCUAUUUUAAUCAUUCCUAGUUUAAUAAUAAAUGUAUUUCUAAUAAUAAUCCAGGAUCAGUGAUUGAAGUAGUUUUCGUCUGAUCUGAUUUGCUGUCAAGGUCACAUGACCUUUCAAUCAGCGCACAAACAAAAUAGCUAGUUUUGCUAACUUUUCCCUUCAGUUACGUAGUUAAUUACGCCACAUUAAACUGUCCCGGCGGGUCCAGUCCGUUACCCUAAAGCAAAAUGUCUGGAAACGGCUUUAUCUCGAGUAUCCGGAGGUUGAUAGACCCUGAGGUGGGGCUGAGGACCCCCGACUCCCCGGUGAGUUCAACAAACUAACGAGCAGUUAGCUAGCUAUGCUAAUGCUAACUAAACUGGCGAACAGGAUCACAUUAUUAAAUACUGAUGUCAUUUUAUCGUCACUCAUGACUUCAUGAGAGUUAUUUGGUUUAGAAAUGGAAUAUCAAACAUAUUUAUUGAAAUUCCACGUCCAGCUAGCAAAUUUUAACAUGCACAUGUUAAUAGCAAAAAUUAGGGCUACAGAUGUGCUGCUGCUAACCUGCUGACUGUAGCAAGAACAGGUAUGUAAACCCUUGAAAAUCACAGUUUUCUGCAUGGAUUAGUUCAAAAAAUGCCCAGCAGUACUAUGAAUGUUUUGUAGCUGUGUUCAAUAAUGGCAUGAACAAUUAUAAUUCUUUACAAUUUAACACUGUUGGUCUUUAUUUAUACCUUAAAUGUACAUGUUACGACCAGUUCAUGUAAAAAAACGACAAAGGUUCACUUUUUUCUUGCCUCUACAUUAAUUAGUUUCCUGUUUAUUGUCUAUGAAGUUAAAGCAGAUGCUCUUGUUAGCCUAAAUUUAUACUGUCCACAAUAUUGCUUUGGUAGUCUAGUGUCUGACCCUGUAUUCUCAAAAACUGUAAAAAUCUGACUUAUAACAUCCCUCAACCAUUGAUAAUAGGAGCUUUUUGUCCACAAACAACAGUAUUCAUUGCUGACAAUUUUUUGACUGACAUUGUGAGUCAAUGUGAAGCUAAUAUUUACUGCAUGUGCAUUUACUCUAUUGUAAAUAUUGACAGCAUGAGCCCAUUUUGUGUAAACUUGCAUUGGGCAAACAGGAUUAUACUGGUGUGCUGUCUUUGUAUCUGCAUAUGAGGUUCUUGUCAAUGAUUUUUAAUGCCAUUUUAAACACAGACUGAAAUGAUGUUGUAAAGGCUUCCUCUUGCAUAUCAUAGAGUCCAUUUGCACAGCUACGUCUUCAAAUGGAAGAUGUUCUUGGAGAUGGAGGAAUCCUGAAAGAAGUGAUCCAGUCUGGAGAAGGCCCACCUGUGCCCGAAAAUGCUUCAAUAUUGAUCCAUUACUCUGCUUUCCUGGAAUAUUCUGACCAGCCUUUUGAAACUACCACUCGCUGCAAGUACCCCCGCAUGAUGAAGUUAGGCAGAGAUGUGACCCUGUUUGGACUGCAGCUAGGUCUGUUGACCAUGAAGAAAGGAGAGUUCUCUCGUUUCCUGUUUCAACCAGACUAUGCAUAUGGGGACUUGGGCUGUCCUCCUUUCAUUCCUGCAGCUGCAGAGGUCCUGUAUGAGGUCCAUAUCGUUGACUACUUCGAUUCAGCCCAAAUGGACGACUUUAUUGCACUGAGUCUGGAGGAGCAGAAUAGUUUUCCUCUGUCGACACUUCUAAAGGUAGUCGACACACUACGUGGCUUUGGUAACCGUUGCUUCAACCAAAGCAAUUAUUACAAUGCCAAAGAUCGUUACAAACAAGCAGUGAGACUCCUUGGAAACAGGGAAACUCAGAAUGAUGCUGACAAAGAGACCAUCCAAACAGCGCUGCUUCCUCUCUAUCUCAAUAUCUCUCUUACUGAGCUCCGGCUUGACAGCCCCCACAAAGCCUUGAAAUACAGUAACAAAGCCUUGGAGAUAGACCGUACCAACACAAAGGCCCUUUUCCGCUGUGGACAGGCAUACCUGGACCUGCAUGAAUAUGAGAGUGCUCAUCGCUGCCUCAUAAGUGCGCAAGCGAAGAAGCCUUUUGAUGUUGACAUCAACAACCUCUUGAGGAGAGUGGCAAUGUGCUAUAAGAAGAGCAUAGAUCAGCAGAAAGAGUUAUACUCAAAGAUGUUCCAACACUUGAGGAGCCCUGUGAAGCAAUGAAGACAAGAGGGACAAAGUAAAGACGAGAGGGACAAAUGUUUAUUAAUUUUCUCAGGGUUUAAUAGUUUCCUUCUGCCCCCAACCCCAUCAGGUACCUUACUUUUGUUAGCUUGUUGUUAACUCAUUGAUAAAAUAAUCAUUAUCACCCCAGAUGUUUUCCAAUAAAGAAUCAGCAGCAAGACGCAAAAGUGUGUUUUCCCAGUACUGUGGAUUAAAAAAGAUGUAGUAUUUUGUAUUGUUAGAAAAAAGGAAAAUUCUGUUUAAUUUUCAGUUAGAAGUUCUUUAAA